GGCUUCCCCAGCAAAGCCCCUUGGCCCGCCCAGACCCUUGAAGAGAACAAUCUGGAAUCAGGGCUCACUGGGCCUUUGGCUGCAGCCGCAGAGACUCGGCCGCUGGGGGCGGAGGCUGGGAUGAAGCCAAGCCGUGGGACUCCCAUUCCCCCCGGAGGCCUUCCUGUCCAGCCCCUGCCUGUCCCCUCACAGGCCCCACAGGGGCUCCUGCGUCCCGGGAGGGUCUUGGGAGCCCGCAGGGACGAGGGCUGAUGACCAGGGUCCCAGCGUAGAUUCAGGGGCCCUCGGUUCUCUCGGUGAUGAUGUCACCAAGCAGGGGCGCUGUGGGUGAGUCUGCCUCCCUUGAGACCUGGAGGGAGCCUGUGAGAGCUGCCAGGGGGGCGGGCGCUCAGGGGGUUGUGCUUUCUGGAAGGAAGGGGACUGUGGACGCCUUUACGUCGCCCUGCUGGAAGCCCCUCCCAGGCCGAGACACCUGAUGGCGCCCCCUCCACUCCCACUCUGCAGUGGGAGUGGGAGGCAGGUCCCAGCCACUGCACAUCUGGGCCGCGGGCGCGCCUCUUUCUUCUGGCCAGCCUGGUGCAGACCCUUCCCCUCUGAUGCCUCCCACCCCCCAGCUCUGGGCACCUGGCCCGUGGGCGCCAGCAGUAGCUUGGGCAAGGCUGCAAGGGCCGGUCCCCAGGGCCUGGCCCCUCCUGCUGCCGCCUCCCAUCUGCCUGUGCCUGCUUAUCGGGUAACCAGAGCCGGCAGCUGCGUCCACGCCUGAAACAGGAAGCCUGCCGGGCCUGGGCACGAGCUGCCGCCGAGAGCCCGGCCGGAGGAUGGAGGAGCAGCGGGCGCUGGAGGCUGCCCAGGAUGGGGACGUGGCCACCCUGGAACUGCUGCUGGAGGCUGGUGCCCUGGGCCCGGGCAUCACGGACGCCCUGGGGGCCGGCCUGGUGCACCACGCCGCUCGGACUGGCCACCUAGACUGCGUCAAGUUCCUGGUGCAGCGGGCCAAGCUGCCUGGCGACCAGCGGGCCCACAACGGGGCCACACCCGUGCACGACGCCGCUGCCACAGGCAGCCUGGCCGAGCUGUGCUGGCUCGUCCGCGACGGGGGCUGCGGCCUGCAGGACCAGGAUGCCUCGGGCGUCUCCCCACUGCACCUGGCCGCCCGCUUCGCACACCCCACGCUGGUGGAGUGGCUGCUGCACGAGGGCCACUCGGCCACCCUGGAGACACGAGAGGGGGCCUUGCCUCUGCACCACGCUGCUGUCAGCGGGAACCUGACCUGCCUGAAGCUCCUGACGGCCGCCCACGGCAGCGGUGUGAACCGGCGCACGCGCACUGGUGCCUCCCCACUCUACCUGGCCUGCCAGGAGGGCCACCUGCACCUGGCCCAGUUCCUGGUGAAGGACUGCGGCGCCGACGUGCACCUGCGAGCCCUCGACGGCAUGAGCGCCCUGCACGCCGCGGCCGCCCGCGGCCACUACUCGCUCGUCGUCUGGCUGGUCACGUUCACCGACGUUGGGCUGACGGCGCGGGACAACGAGGGGGCCACGGCCCUGCACUUUGCGGCUCGCGGUGGCCACACGCCCAUCCUGGACCGGCUCCUGCUGAUGGGCGCCCCCAUCCUGAGAGACUCCUGGGGCGGGACCCCCCUCCACGACGCCGCAGAGAACGGGCACACGGAGUGCUGCCAGACCUUGGUCUCCCACCGCGUGGACCCCUCCCUGCAGGACGAGGACGGCUACACCGCGGCGGACCUGGCCGAGUACCACGGACACCGCGAGUGUGCCCAGUUCCUGCGGGAGAUGGCCCAGCCGGUGCCCCUGCUCGUGGCGCCCCCGCCCCCGCCGUUCCCGCCACCUCCGCUGUCCGCUGCCAGGCACUCCCUGGAGGAGGAAGGAGGGGGCUCAGGUGUCAGGAGCCCCAGCCCCGCGUCUCUCAGCCCAACCUGGCCGGCCCAGCCCCCACCGAGGGAGCAGACAACCUGCGUAGCCCCGCCGAGGGUCACCACCAGUGCCCUGGCCGCCUCCACGGGGCCAGAGAUGGCAGCGAGGGACGUCCCCGAAGGCCUGGCCGGGCUGCAGCUAGACGAACUGCCCUCUGGUGACCUCGACGGGUUGGUGCCCACGCAGGACGAGCACGGCCAGCCCAUCCCCGAGUGGAAGCGGCAGGUGAUGGUGCGGAAGCUACAGGCGCGCCUGGGCGCCGACCCGGAGCCCCAGGCCCAGGACAGCGGCGGGGGCCCGGGCCCCGCGCAGCAGGCGGCGUGGCGGUACUCGCAGACGCACCAGGCCAUCCUGGGCCCCUUCGGGGAGCUGCUGACCGAGGACGACCUGCUGCACCUGGAGAAGCAGAUCGCGGACCUGCAGCUGCGGCGCCGCUGCCAGGAGUAUGAGAGCCAGCUGGGCCGGCUGGCGGCCGAGCUGCAGGCCCUGCUGCCCGAGCCCCUGGUCAGCAUCACCGUCAACAGCCACUUCCUGCCCCGGGCGCCCGGCGCCGAGGGCGAGCAGGCCCCGGCCCUGGCCGGUGUGCUCCAGGGCCCCGCGGAGGCCGCGCCCGGCGGGCAGCCCCUGCCCUUCUGGUGCAACCACGCUGGCCGCCUGGUGCGCAGCCUGUCCCUGCUGCUGAAGGGCGUGAACGGGCUGGUGCAGGCCGAGGAGACGCCGGGCCCCCAGCCCCCGCAGCUCCCGCAGCCCCCGCCUAGGGAGACCCCGGCCGGCGCCCCUCGAAGCGAGGCCCAGCGCGAGAUCCAGGAGUGGGGCGUCUCCGUGCACACGCUGCGUGGCAACUUUGAGUCAGCGCCCGGCCCGCCCUGCGCCUCAGCCCCAGGCCCCUGUGAGCCGGGAGCCGUGCCUGGGCAGUGCCCCCGAGGCUGCUGGGCGGCCCCGCCCCCGCCCCAGCCCCAGGGUGGACCGGCCGACGCAGAGGAGGCCAGCGAUUCGGGCAUCAGCUGCGAGGAGGCGGCGUCGGAGGUGGGCGCGGCUCCCGGCCCGGACCUGGCCAGCCUGCGCAAGGAGCGCAUCGUCACGCUCUUCCUGAGCCACUGGAAGAGGUCGGCCAACACGCCGGCCCUCAAGGCCGCGGCCUGCAGGACCCUGGAGGCCCGCCGCGCGGCCGGGGGCCCCCGCGAGCCCCGGCUCAGCCACCUGUGGCAGCAGCGGGGCAUCAUAACCCACCUGCUGGGCACCUGGAAAGCCAUCAUGGCGCACGUGCCGGCGCGGCAGCUGCGGCGGCUGAGCCGGCAGCCCCGCGGGCCCCUGUCCCCCGAGCAGUUCCUGCCCCACGUGGACGGGGCACCCGUGCCCUACGGCAGCCUCUCGCUGGACCUCUUCAUGCUGGGCUACUUCCAGCUCCUGGAGUGCGACCUGCCGGCCGACGAGCGCAAGACGCGCCACCUGCUCUGCUUCGAGGUCUUCGAGCACCUGGGCGCCCACGGCUGGGAGGCGGUGCGAGCCUUCCACAAGGCCGUGAUCGACGAGGUGGCCGCCGGCCGCCGCGCCUGGACCGACGGCUUCGAGGACAUCAAAGCCCGCUUCUUCGGCUCCGGCCGGGGCCCCGCCUGGGACUCGGAGCCGGGCCGCAAGUCCAGCCUGACUCCGCUGGGGCCUCGCCCGCCGGCGCCGGGCCCCGAGCCGGCAGCUCGGUGGCUGGGCUCCGGCUCGCGGUGGGGCAGCUUCAGCAGCGAGGACAUCUGCGGCUACAUCGACCGGAGCUUCGCCUUCUGGAAGGAGAAGGAGGCUGAGAUGUUCAGCUUCGGGGACUGACUGGGGCUCUCCUCCUUUCUCUCGCCUGGUGGCCAGGGCAAGGCUGGCCGGGGCCCGCUCACAAGGUCCUCUGGGCGGGGGCUCAGCCACCCACCCGGCUCACACUGCCUCGCUCCCCGUGUCCACACUGCGGCCAGGGGCUGCCAUCCCAGCCUGGCCCUCUGGGGCCGUCCCCUGGGCAGCUGGGACGCCAGCCUCCUCCGGCUCCCCUCCCUCCCCUGCCCUGCACUGCCCGGCGCCCUGUCCGUCGGUUCCCUGCUGCUGGCCCUGAGGCUCAGUCUGCCUUCCACUGUCCAGCGGAGCCUGGGCCGGCCGCCCCGGGCCCUCCUGCCACCGCCUGUCUUGGUGACUUGGGCCACAGCCCGGCCCCUCCCACACUUCUCUUUCCCGUCCGGGGACAGUGGAGGGGACAGGAUUCAAUGGGCCUCUGGUCAGACCAGACAGGGCCGGGCUGCCUGGUUCUCCAGGCCAGGAGAGGGCCGCUGGGAGGGGACCCUGCUCUGGGGCACUCCAGAGAUGUGGCUGCCCGGCCCGCAGCUGCCCAGCCCCUCCCAGGGCCACAGGACAGACGGGCUGCGUGCGGUCCUCAGACAGUGCCCCCUCUCAGAGGCCAGCCGCCAGCCCGCAGGGACAGCCCACAGCAGGGCAGGACACACGGGCUGCACCUUGAUGAGCACUUGGCCGUCCCUGGGGCAGCCCUCGCCCACGUGGGCAGGGGGUGCCGUGGGGUUAUGUGCAGCAUCACAUGAGCUGGACACUCGCUGGGCAGUGUGGCUUGUCCCUGGCUCCCGGUGGCCAUCAGGAGGGUGGGCCACCACCCAGCCUGCGGGGUCCAGGAGGGCUGGGCCGAGGGAACGCUGGGGAGGGGCUGCGAGUGUGAGCCGGCCUUGAUGGGCAAUGAGGGGGUGGGGCAGAGGCAGUUGGGGCAGGGACAGGCCCCCUCUGGAGCAGGUUCCUGGGCGCUGUCAGAGCGAGGAGGAGGGGCUCCCAGGAAGAUAUGAAGUCGGGAGAGGCACUGGGCGGUCAGGGCUGGCAGGCCUGCGGGGCAGUGGGGUCAGCCAGUUCCUGGUGGCUGUCCUCCAAGGGCCCGCUUGCAGUGGGCUGGCCAGGGGCCGGCUCCCCUGGAUUCCUCCUGCUGGAAUCGCCACGGAGCUGCGAAUGAGCCUGCACCUGCUAAAGACCCCCUGCCUGGCUGACCCUCACCCUGCCAGAGCGCCAGGCGGCAGCCCAGGCCCACCGAGCCCGUACGGGGCACCGGGGAGUCAGUGGUCUGCCUGCCCUGGGAGGGCGUGGACAGGUCCCCCGUGUCCACUGGGGGUCGUGGGCAUCUCAGCCAGCCAGAGGGUAGGUUCUGCCACGCAGGGUGCCCACGAGAGCGUCCCGGAUGGCGUCUCUUGGUCGUCGGGGUCCUGGCUCUUGGCUGUAACCUGCAACCAACAGAGGAAGAUGAAGGGGUCCACUGGGCACAGCCACUGCCCGGGCCGGCAGGGCACUGGGGAGCCCUGAGGUGGGAGUGUCAGAGUGGACACCCCGGUGUCUCCUGGAGCCCCCUUGCAUGACAGUGGGUUCCAAGGCCCUGCAAGGGAGGCGGCCGGAUGUUGGCAGCGAGCCCAGAGCCUGACCUCCCGUCGCUCCCGGGGUUGGAGGGGGCUCCUCUCGCCAGCUCAGGGCGCCCCCCAGGCUCGGGCAGCCCCUCCACAGCCCCCACGCCUCAUGUUCCCAGCCCGGGGGCAGCCCACAGCUCCUGAGCCCCAGGGGGACUUGGGGAUGGGGGCUGCUGGGCAGGGGUAAGGUGGAGGCCCUGGGGAUUCUGGGAAAAUGGCUCGCUCAGCAGCCUGAGAGCCCGAGCAGGCCGGGGCCAGCGUGGCCACACUCGGGCUGCAGGGCCUGCGUGCUGCCUGUCCGCCGGUGGUCCCAUCGGCCCCGAGGCCACGGAGCCCCUUUCUGUGCCCCCGGAGGCCUUGGACCUCAGCGAGGGGCCGGCAGCACCCGGGAGCAAGGAGGCCCUGGCCCCGCCCACGGGCGUGCACACCCGGCACCCUGAGGCCACCCAGCGGGCUUGGUGAGGGUCACACAAAGAAAGUGAGCGAACGCAGCAGGGACACCAGCUCCUCCAGGCCGCCCCGCCCACCCGCGAUGCGCCUAGAAUAAGGUGCAGGGCCGUGCCAGCACUCCCGACGGGCGACACGGGUGAUGUGACUGGGUGACAGGGGUGAUGUGACUGGGUGACACAGGUGAUGUGACUGGGUGACGGGGGUGACGUGACUGGGCGACAGAGGUGACGUGACUGGGCGACAGGGGUGAGGUGACUGGGUGACGGGGUGAGGUGACU